AAGCCCAAUUAAAUAAUAUUAAAGUCAAAGAUACAGAGGGAGAAGAAGAGAUGUAUGUGACUGAUAUAAAGGCAGAAGAUAUAGAGGGAGAAGAAGAGACGUAUGUAACUGAUAUGAAGUCAGAAGAUAUAGAGGGAGAAGAAGAGCCGUAUGUGACUGAUAUAAAGGUAGAAGAUACAGAGGAAGAAGAAGAGACGUAUGUGACUGAUAUAAAGGCAGAAGAUAUAGAGGGAGAAGAAGAGACGUAUGUGACUGAUAUAAAGGCAGAAGAUAUAGAGGGAGAAGAAGAGACGUAUGUGACUGAUAUAAAGGCUGAAGAUCUAGAGUUAGAAGAAGAGACGUAUGUGACAGAUAUGAAGUCAGAAGAUCUAGAGUUAGAAGAAGAGACGUAUGUGACUGAUAUAAAGGCAGAAGAUAUAGAGGGAGAAGAAGAGACGUAUGUGACUGAUAUGAAGGCAGAAGAUACAGAGGGAGAAGAAGAGACAUUUGUGACUGAUAUAAAGGCAGAAGAUAUAGAGGGAGAAGAGACGUAUGUGACUGAUAUAAAGGCAGAAGAUAUAGAGGGAGAAGAAGAGACGUAUGUGACUGAUAUAAAGGCAGAAGAUAUAGAGGGAGAAGAAGAGACGUAUGUGAGGGGUGAGCAGCAGUGUAAGGAGGAGGAGAUCCCUACAGAUAUCAGCACAGAUGGACACACAAGCAGGAAUAUCACAGAAGGACAUCUAAUGUUAUCCCCGGAUUGUGACAUAAAAGAUAAUGACAGUAGACAGGAUUCUCCAGGAGAUAACCCCAUUACCCCAAUGAUACAUCCAGCUCUAUCAGCUGAUCCCUGUGAUCCUGGAAAAUGUUCUCCUGAUCACUCUGAUAUUGGUGCAUCUGUUACAGCUCUGACCGUAGAUACAGUGUUUCCCUGUUCUAUAGAUGCCAAAUGUUUUACACAGAACACAAAGCCUAUUAACCCACAGACAGGUAAGGCAGGUGAGAGGCCAUUUCCAUGUUCUGAGUGUGGGAAAUGUUUUACAUACAAAUCACAUCUUGUUGUACAUCAGAGGAGUCACACAGGUGAGAAGCCAUUUUCUUGCUCUGAGUGUUCUAAAUAUUUUACACGGAAAUCAUAUAUUAUUACACAUCAGCGAAGUCACACAGGUGAGAAGCCGUUUCCAUGUUCUGAGUGUGGGAAAUGUUUUGCACACAAACUGUAUCUUGUUAGACAUCAGAAGAGACACACAGGUGUGAAGCCAUUUUCUUGCUCUGAGUGUGGGAAAUGUUUUACACAGAAAUCACAACUUGUUACACAUCAGCAAAUUCACACAGGUGAGAAGCCAUUUUCUUGCUCUGAGUGUACGAAAUGUUUUACACGGAAAUCAGAUCUUAUUACACAUCAGCGAAGUCACACUGGUGAGAAGCCAUUUCCAUGUUCUGAGUGUGGGAAAUGUUUUGCACACAAAUCAAAUCUUACUAAACAUGAAAGAAGUCACACAGAUGAGAAGACAUUUUCAUGCUCCGAGUGUGGGAAAUGUUUUGCACACAAACCAGAUCUUGUUACACAUCAGCGAAGUCACACAGGUGUGAAGCCAUUUUCUUGCUCUGAGUGUGGGAAAUGUUUUACACGGAAAUCAGAUCUUGUUAAACAUCAGAGAAGUCACACAGGUGAGAAGCCAUUUCCAUGUUCUGAGUGUGGGAAAUGUUUUGCACACAAACCAGAUCUUGUUACACAUCAGAGAAAUCACACAGGUGAGAAGCUAUUUUCUUGCUCUGAGUGUGGGAAAUGUUUUGCACAGAAAUCACAUCUUGUUACACAUCAGAGAAGUCACACAGGUGUGAAGCCAUUUUCUUGCUCUGAGUGUGAGAAAUGUUUUACACAGAAAUCACAACUUUUUACACAUCAGCGAAGUCACACAGGUGUGAAGCCAUUUUCUUGCUGUGAGUGUGGGAAAUGUUUUACACGGAAAUCAUAUCUUGUUAAUCAUCAGAGAAUUCACACAGGUGAGAAGCCAUUUUCUUGCUCUGAGUGCGGGAAAUUUUUUACACAGAAAUCACAUCUUGUUAGACAUCAGCAAAGUCACACAGGUGAGAAGCCAUUUCCAUGUUUUGAGUGUGGCAAAUGUUUUGCACGGAAAUCAGUUCUCUUUAUACAUCAGAGAAGUCACAAAGGUGAGAAGCCAUUUCCAUGUUUUGAGUGUGGCAAAUGUUUUGCACGGAAAUCAGUUCUUGUUAUACAUCAGAAGUCAGCUUUUGCAGUAUACAUGCAACAGGUCCUUCUGAUAGAAGCUCACCAACAAAGGGCAGGGCUACAGCUCAGCUUUGCAAACCAACCAGACUUAAGCUUGGAGGUUCAGAGUAACAAAAUGCUGAUCAUGUGCGGAAUCUUGGGGAUUUCGAUCCAGAGCCAGAGGAGCCUCCAACGCAGCGAGAGGCUUCAUGGGAAAACCUAUAAAACCAACAGUUGCUGGGUCUCAGAACCAGAAAACCAGUUCUGUUCCCACAAACACUUCAGCAUGACGGUGCACACCCACCCCGAGGAGAUCUCGUGGUGGGAGCUCAGUUACGUCACUUCAGCCACAUCUGGGACGGUUAUUGCCAGGAUGCUUGGUACUGUGUCAGCUGUUGCUGAGUUUUCCGGCAUGUUAGCCGGAUUUGCCUUGUUGUGUGAGCUGUAUUUUAAAUACAAAUCAGAUCUUGUUGUACAUCAGAGGAGUCACACAGGUGAGAAUCUGUUUUCUUGCUCUGAGUGUAAAAAAUGUUUUACACGGAAAUCAGAUCUUAUUACACAUCAGCGAAGUCACACUGGUGAGAAGCCAUUUCCAUGUUCUGAGUGUGGGAAAUGUUUUUCAGACAAAUCAAAUCUUACUAAACAUGAAAGAAGUCACACAGGUGAGAAGACAUUUUCAUGCUCCGAGUGUGGGAAAUAUUUUACACGGAAAUCACAUCUUGUUACACAUCAGCAAAGUCACACAGGUGAGAAGCCAUUUCUAUGCUCUGAGUGUGGGAAAUGUUUUACACAGAAAUCAGAUCUUGUUAAACAUCAGAGAAGUCACACAGGUGAGAAGCCAUUUCCAUGUUCUGAGUGUGGGAAAUGUUUUACACAGAAAUCAGAUCUUGUUAAACAUCAGAGAAGUCACACAGGUGAGAAGCCAUUUCCAUGUUCUGAGUGUGGGAAAUGUUUUGCACACAAAUCAUAUCUUGUUAAACAUCAGAGAAGUCACACAGGUGAGAAGCCAUUUCCAUGUUCUGAGUGUGGGAAAUGUUUUACACAGAAAUCAGAUCUUGUUAAACAUCAGAGAAGCCACACAGAUGAGAAGCCAAUUUUAUGUUCUGAGUGUGGGAAAUGUUUUGCACGGAAAUCAGUUCUUGUUAUACAUCAGCGAAGUCACACAGGUGAGAAGCCAUUUCCAUGUUCUGAGUGUGGGAAAUGUUUUGCACGGAAAUCAGUUUUUGUUAUACAUCAGCGAAGUCACACAGGUGAGAAGCCAUUUCCAUGUUCUGAGUGUGGUAAAUGUUAUGCACAGAAAUCACAUCUUGUUAAACAUCAGCGAAGUCACGCAGGUGAGAAGUCAUUUCCAUGUUCUGAGUGUGGUAAAUGUUUUGCACACAAACUAUAUCUUGUUAGACAUCAGAGGAGACACAGGUGAGAAGCCAUUUCCAUGUUCUGAGUGGGAAAUGUUUUGCACGGAAAUCAGUUCUUGUUAUACAUCAGAGAAGUCACACAGGUGAGAAGCCAUUUCCAUGUUCUGAGUGGGAAAUGUUUUUCACGGACAUUAGUUCUUGUUACACAUCAGAGAAGUCACAAAGGUGAGAGGCCAUUUCCAUACUCUGAGAAAUAAGCUUUUGUUGCACACAAUAGACCACUCAGGUGAGAAACCAUUUUAAUCUUCUGGAGUAUACUUAUCAUUGCCAUGUAAUGUUCCUCAAGAUUCUGUCCUAUCUCUUGUGCUUUUUGCAAUAUACAUGCAACAGGUCCUUCUGAUAGAAGCUCACCAACAAAGGGCAGGGCUACAGCUCAGCUUUGCAAACCAACCAGACUUAAGCAUGGGGGUUCAGAGUAACAAAAUGCUG